AUUUGCCGUUACACGAAAGAAUUUGACACUACUAUCAGCGGGGUAUAGUAUAUUUUUGAUAUCAAGCACCAUGAAGACGUUGAGCAUCCUCUUUACAUUUACAUCUUGGUACUUGUCAUCAGGCUGGUGCCAGGGUCCCCAGUUCAGUAAACCUGCAGAUGACAAUGCAAGUGCUACUACUCAUAAAACCCCUCCCAGUGGGACAUCAGCAUCCGGGAACGGUUAUGAAUCAGUAUCCCAGGUUGACCCUGGUCUACAACAUCACACAGCUACGACUGCGCUGGUGGAUGAUGCAAUUCCUUCUACAUCCAGAAUCGAUAGCCCAAUGCCAGAACAACCCGGAGAUGGCGCUACUGAAACGCCCCAAUCUAUACUUAGUGACAAGGAAUUGAAACAAUCUGGUCCAACGUUACCUGAUAUUGCUGCAAAUAUAUAUACUGAACUCGAUGAGCUUAUGAAUGCAGAUCCAAGUGCUAGAAAUUGUAUUGGCGAUAGGAAUUCAAGUAAGCGUCGAUCAAGGUCUGGAGAGUGUUGGAGAGGUUUUUGUUGCAUUUUGGGUAAUAGUCAUUGCGGAGCAAGUCGCAAUAAGAAUGAGAGGAGACUUAGUUAUGAUCCCGAAGGUAGUACUGAUGAGGCGAGCCAAGGUAGGGCAAACCCUUCUGGCACGGCUUCCGAUGACCCUAUUAAGAUAGAUCUACAUGGUAACAAAUAUGUUGUAUAUAAAGAUGGCAGAGUUCGUGUGAAGCACGAUGAUAUUGGCGCAUACCAUCAAUCCGCUGUAAGUAGUAAGUUUAAGCCAUUGUCUAGUGCGAUAGACAGUAAUUUACCUUUGACGGCUAAGGAGGAAGAGGCACUUGAACCUAAGAUUGUAGCCUCAGUGUUGAAGUCACGUACUGGAGAACGCCCUAUAAGUGUGGAUCUUGGUUCCAUUAACAUUAGUGUGACGCCUACUCGAGGGAAUAUUUUUAAUAAAUACUCUUCUGUGAGUCAAGCUGGUCGUGGCAGAGGCGUUCGUAGCUCAUUAGAGUGUCGUUUGGGCACUGAUACAACUGACUAUCCCCGUUGCAUAGUUACUCGGCAUGGUUUCAAGCAACUGUUGGACGAGGUGAUAACUAUUCACCGAAGGCGCUAUAUAUACGGUUCAUCCCAUAGUUUCCUUUGGAUGAGUAUAUUCCCCGCUGCUAACUAUAGGAUUUAUGACUCGGAGGCUUGCAGUGCCAUUGAGCGCUUACACGCUUGUGUCUUAGCUAGGCGUCCGACACUUAUUGACAACGUUGGUCGUAUUAUGAGUUUGGAAAAGCGUAUUAAUGAGGUAUUGAGCACUGUGAAGUACAGGUUUGGUAUGACAUCAACAUGUUUUUCGAUUCAAACGAUAUAUAAGCAGAUACACGAGAUGUUUAUCGGUACUGUUAAACGUGCGAUCAAUUACUUCAAUGCUAUAUCUACAAUAAUUACUCAUUUGGUGGAUCAAUAUCGGUCAAAUCCACUUGGAGGAUCUUCUGAGAUUCCUUUUAGCACUCCUCUGGAGGCCAGGGAAGUGGAUCGCGAGGUUGACCGUUGUAAGUACGACGAGAACUACGGUACUUUCAUAAACCUGCGUACAUGUUUUAACACCUGGGAGUUGGAUGUAUUGAGUCUUAUGUACGAGAUGGAAUCUAUCAGUGAUGAGGCUUGGUUGAAUCGUCUUGUCACGGGGCAACCCAUGACUGAUGUUAUGGCUGAGAAGAUGCUACAGUUCAAGAAUCGUAUUAAGACUCCCCAAUGCUUCCAUACACUCCGUAACUUUCACUAUGAACGUCAUAUUCUGUCAUACGCUGUUAAGUUGGAGCGCCUUAAAAAGAUGCGGGCUACAGAGGGUAUUGACAAAACCAGUAGCACCAGUGACAGCGAUGCUUCCCCGAAAAACCCGUAGCUGCACACUGUGUUACGA